GCCCAAUGGGAGCGGCGCGCCGGCCUCCCCUUUAAGGAAUGUUGUGACCUGACGUCACCGGGCGAGUUACCUCCCGCAGCCGCCGCCGCCGGGCUCAGCGCGAGCCCCGGAGCCCUUGAGCGUGAGGCGCGAGCCCCCGAAACCCCGAACCGCAGCCACAUCCUCAGGCGCGCCCCGGAGCCCCGGCCUGCGCGCCCCGCCGGGCCCGCGCGAUGCCCUCGGACCGGCCUUUCAAGCAGCGGCGGAGCUUCGCCGACCGCUGUAAGGAGGUGCAGCAGAUCCGCGACCAGCACCCCAGCAAAAUCCCGGUGAUCAUCGAGCGCUACAAAGGUGAGAAGCAGCUGCCUGUCCUGGACAAGACCAAGUUCCUGGUCCCGGACCAUGUCAACAUGAGCGAGUUGGUCAAGAUCAUCCGGCGCCGCCUGCAGCUGAACCCCACGCAGGCCUUCUUCCUGCUGGUGAACCAGCACAGCAUGGUGAGCGUGUCCACGCCCAUCGCGGACAUCUAUGAGCAGGAGAAGGACGAGGACGGCUUCCUCUACAUGGUCUACGCCUCCCAGGAAACCUUCGGCUUCUGAGCCAGCAGCCCCGGCCUGUCUGCCCUUCACCCAUCUGAGGCUCUGCCCCCUGCCUGGACCUGCCCACCCCUGACAGACUGGUCCCUGGCUCCCCGGUCUCCACCUGGUGUAUGGAUCUGUGGUCAUUGUCCCUCUGCAGAAUAAAGAUUGCUCAGGCCUGCCUGGC